AUGACAGCCACCGCACACAUUCUCCACCACCUCCUCCCCCUCGACUCCGUCCACCUCGGCCGCCUCGUCCUCAACGCCAAACGCCCGCACCAAGAAUUCCACGACCCGCUCCUGCCCCGCCCCCACCCCACCGACAUCCUCACCACCACGCUCUCCCCUUACUCCGAAACCCGCAAGUUCACCACCGCCUCCAACCUUCGCUCCUACUUCGGCAAGACCCUCUCCUUCGCGUACACACGCCACGACGACACCACCGCCACCCUCAGCGGCUCAAAGGUCACCACCUACGAGCUCAAGAACUCCGACACGUGGCCGGACUGCGCGUAUCUCAUCGUCGGCUUCCGCGUGCUGCACGACGGCGAGGUGGACAAAUCUGCGACGUCGAAACAGACAGGUGGUUCGCAGGGUGAAGCGCCGACGGAUCCUAUAGUCUCGGCGUUUGUGGCGCCCGGGGUGAGCGGCUCGAGAAGCUCCGGGGACACACAGCAGCUAUCGUAUAAGACGCAGGGGGAGCAGGUCUUCGCCGUGCUGUACCGCAAGGUGAAGCUGCGGUUUCUGUCUGCGCCCAGCGUCGAUAACAUGGCGCUCGAGGCAGACUACCGGUGGAAGUCGUGUUGGGAUUGGCGAGACUUUGAGUACAAGCUCGGGGACGUCAGGGAAGGGGUGGCGGAGGAGGAAGAGGAAGUGGACAUAACGGAGGUGACGCUUGUGGAUGAGGAUUUGGAGCUGUCGGAGGGGGAGGAUGAGGAGGAUGAGGAGGACUGGGAUGGGGAGCCGGGAGAGGGGACGGACGGCGAAGGGGGUGAUGACCUUGAGGUAGCGGUUGAGAAGCUGUCUUCGACCGUGAAUAUGGGGAAAAGAUCGAGAGAGGCUUCGUCGACGGGUGAGAUGCCGAGUAAGAGGACUGCGGGUGAUAGAUGA